AUGACUAUUGGCGGAGUGACUUUCCCGCUGGAGCAGCAGUCUAAAGACCCCCAGUCUGUAGUGUACACUGGGAUGUAUGACACUGAGGGAGUGACACACACCAAAAGCGGCGAGAGGCAACCUGUUCAGGUCAACAUACAGUUCACUCUGGCAGGGCUUUUCGAGACCGUCUGGCAGGUCAAGUUCUACAACUACAGCAAGAGAGACCACUGCCAAUGGGGGAACAGCUUCAACAACAUCGAGUACGAGUGUAAACCCAACGACACGCGUACCCUCAUGUGGAUCAAUAAAGAACUGUUUCUGUAAAAGAGUCUAUGGCUCACUGUGAGAGAAGACAAUCUCAUAUACUGAGCUAAACACACUGUCGUUCUCAUUGAAAUAUGAACCAGCGGUUCCUGAUAGUGUAGGUAUGUAGCCUUUCCUGUUAGUGACGGGUUGUGAUGAAGUGCGAGUUUUGUUGGAUUUGUCUUGGUGCUGCUGGAAAAUCAAGGCAUUGUGUCUAAUGCAAAAUAGUUGCACUUUACCCUGUGUUGUCUCUUUUGCAGUUUUCCUUCCAGUUGUCUACCUCUGAAGAACCCAGUGAGGAUGAAGUUUACUUUUAUAUUUACAGUUUACAGAUUUGAUAUAGAUUUCAUGUUAGCAUACAGUUUGUUAAUCCAAGUAAAUGUAGCAUUUUUGCAGUAAAUUUGACCUAUAUUAAUAUAGUUCUAGUGUGUCUUUUUAUGAGU